AUGGCUUCUCAACAAGAUGCUGCUCCACCAACUGGAUAUAACAUGGGACACCGCCACUCGUUGACCAUCGAGACCAACCCACUGCACUUGCUGCCAUCAAACAUGCGACGCUUCUCGCAGGCGGACACCGCUCGCCACCCAGCAGCACCACUGCUCUCAAAACUCGCCGCCCGCCAACAAAUUCCAGAAGCUGUGGCCGAGAAGAAGGACGAUGAGAAGUCGGAGAAAAAAUAA